CAUGGAGUUGAUUCAACAUAUAAGAUGACGGGAUUGAAUCAAAAGGAUGCUUUUCAACUAUUUUGUUGGCAUGCUUUUAGAAGUGAGAAACCGGUUGACGGUUAUAGAGAGUUUGUAGAACAGAUCAUAAAUUAUGCUGGGAGCCUUCCACUAGUUUUAACGGUGCUUGGUUCGGAUUUAUAUGGCAGAACUAAAGAAGAGUGGGUAAGUGCAUUGGAUCAAUACAGGAAAAUCCCUCACCAAGAUAUUCAAAAAAUACUUCAAACGAGUUAUGAUAGAUUAAGCGAAAAUGAAAAGAAUGUUUUUCUUGACAUUGCAUGUUUUUUCAAAGGAGAAUGGCUUUAUAAAGUCAUUGAGAUGCUAGAUAGUUUUGGUUUUUUCCCAAACUUUUCGAUCCCAAGACUACGGGAGAAGUGUCUUAUUUCGGAAUUUCAUGGAAAAUUGCAAAUGCAUAACUUGUUACAAGAUAUGGGUAGAGAAGUUGUUCGACAAGAAUCGCCCAAAAAUCUAGGAGCACGUAGCAGAUUAUUUUUUCAUGAAGAUGUUCGUGAAGUACUGGAGGAUGAUACAGGAACAGAUAAUCUUGUUGAAGGAAUUGUUAUAGAUUUUCCUGAAGGUGAUGAUAUCAUCCGCUUGAGUCCCAAGGCCUUCGAGAAUAUGAAAAGACUCAGAUUUUUUAGAUGCCGCAAUGCACAUUUUUCUGAAGAACUUAAUUGUCUACCUAAUUCAAUAAGAGUGCUUGAUUGGCCUGAUUGUCCUUUAGAAUCUAUGCCAUCUAAAUUUCGUGGAGACAAACUCAAAAGUCUACACAUGCCUGGUAGUCGCAUCCAGGAGAUACAGUUGGAAUUUAAGAAUCUCACGGUUAUGAAUUUCCGUGGUUGUAAUUUCUUAACGAAAUUCCUGGAUAUUUCAAGGUGUCCAAAUUUAAAGAAAAUAGAUCUUAAUUAUUGUAAAAAUCUGGUUCAAGUUCAUGAUUCUGUUGGAUUCCUCGAUAAGCUUAAGAUAUUGUCUCUUGAUGGAUGUAACAACCUAAAGAGCUUUCCAAGGGCACUGCAGUUGAGAAAUUUGGAAACCCUUGUUCUUAAUGAUUGCUCAAGUCUUCAAAACUUUCCUGAAAUCGAAUGUGAGAUGAAACAUUUACGCAAAGUCAACUUAUCGGGCACCGCAAUAGAAGAAUUGCCUUCAUCCAUUGGCUACCUCACUGGGCUUAUAUCUUUGUCACUAAAUGACUGCGUAAACCUUAAGCGUCUACCAAGUAGCAUUCAUCAGUUGAGAUCUCUAGGCUUUUUUACUCUCAAUAAAUGUCCAAAUAUUAUAAGUUUUGGGAUGGAGGAGGAGGAGGUGCUUAAUGGACAACCCACGCCCUAUGUAGUGUCUACAAGCUGGGAAAAUAAUGAAGCUUCAUGGGGUGCACCUUUUGAACUUUUUUUGAGUGUUGCACACUCUGGCCAAUCAAUAUCAAAUUUCUUUGGGACAUUUCAUUUAUUUCCCUAUUUGGCAAUUUUAGAUCUAUCAGGAAGUGAUAUCAUAAGCAUUCCUACAAGCAUCAAAACAUUUGUUAGAUUGAGCCUUCUUUAUUUGCAUGAUUGCAAGCAACUUCAAGAAAUUAAAGAGUUUCCACCGAACCUAAGACUCGUAAAGGCUGACGGAUGCAUAUCACUGGAAAGUUUACCAGAAAUAUCAAAAGAAUUCAAUUUUCCACUGCUACAAAGGAUUGACCUAGCCAAAUGCUAUAAAGUGAAUAUGGGAUAUUGGAUAUCAAAUCCUGCAUGUAUUGGAGUAAGUCCCUAUAUAUAUUUCUCUUUUCCUUUUAUACUCGUUUUGUGUGCCUAAUUGGUUUAUAUAUAUGAAUAUAGUUGAAAUAUAUUUUAUGAUGUAUUCUUCCAACAGGUUGCCAAGAUAUUUCCCGGAAAUAAGAUUCCAGAUUGAUUCAGCCAUUGCAAGGAGUUCACUUCAAAUAGUUAUUGGUAUGAAUUUGAUGUUAAAGUGGCCCCACUGUAUAAUUUGGAUGACAUCAUAGGAAUUGCUGUUUGUGCUAUUAUUCAACCCGAUGCAACUUUUGAAUAUGCAGUUACUAUUGAGAGACCAUUUGCCUACGACUGUAGUGUGUUUGAUUUUAAAUGGGCAAGUUUUGAUGAAAUUGAUUCAGAUCAUGUAUGGUUAAAGUACAUAACUACAGAAGAUAUUACACGUCUACGAGAUGUGAGUGUAGAUCAGGCAGAUGAUCAUUUGAGGAUUAUAUUUGAAAACGAGAUCCCAGGUAAUUCUUUAAUCUUCAAACGUUGCGGAGUUCAUCUGUUAUACAAACAGCAUAAUAAACAAAAUGGAAAAGAUCAUGAAAAUGUUGAUGUCCAUUUGGAUGCACCCAUUGAAGAUAUUGGAAAUUUAGCAAAUCCAAUGGAUCAUGGAAGUCAACUUUGUAAGAGGCGUCGUGUUGAUCUUGGCGACGACGAAGAUGAUCACAACAUUGAACCUAACUUGUACACACAACAAAGGAAGCCUACUUCAACCUUCGGCAUCAAACUUCUUUUCCAAUCUAAAAGUCUGCCUAGACGACGUAAAAAGGUUGACUUCAAAUUUGUUUCAAGUGUAAAGUAGUUAGUUUUAUUUGGCAUUUUAACUUAAUUAAGCUUUGUAUAUAUGAAUGAAAAUAUGAUUAUAUAUAGCCUGGAAUUGCCAAUACUA